AUGCCUGUUACUAACUUCGCCCAUCCGGAUCCAUACACCUACCAGACUGGCUUUGACUCGUAUCACGAGUCGGAAGCUAUCAAGGGAGCUUUGCCAAUUGGCCAAAAUUCGCCACAGAAAGCUCCGUAUGGUUUGUAUACGGAGAAGCUCUCGGGCACAGCAUUCACAGCACCCCGUCGUGAGAACAAGCAGACAUGGGUUUAUCGUGUUAUUCCAGCUGCGGCGCAUGAGAGCUUCGUUGCUGAGGAACAGGACUCAUAUCAUACCCGCAUGACUACCGAGACACACAAGUUACACCAUAUCCCUAACCAGCUUCGAUGGAACCCGUUCGAUUUCGAUGAGAAGGUUGACUGGGUCCAUGGUUUGCAUUUGGUUUCGGGUGCUGGUGACCCGACUUUAAAGCAAGGAUUGGGAAUUUUACUUUAUGCUGUUGGCAAGGAUAUGGGUAAAGAGGCCUUUUAUUCUGCUGAUGGGGAUUUCCUUAUUGUUCCCCAGCAUGGCGUGUUGGAUAUCCAAACGGAAUUGGGCCGCAUUAUUCUGCGCCCGAAUGAGAUUUGCGUGAUUCCUCGCGGAGUUCGAUACCGCGUUACACUCCCCGACGGUCCAGUUCGCGGUUACAUCUGCGAGCUUUACCAAGGCCACUACGAGCUUCCUGAGCUGGGCCCCAUCGGCUCCAACUGUCUAGCUAAUGCGCGCGACUUCCAAGCCCCAGUCGCCUCAUUCGAUGACGAAGAAGAACCAGCCGAAUACAAACUGUACAGCAAAUUUGCCAACUCCCUCUACUCCGCCCGCCAGAAUCAUACCCCAUUCGAUGUUGUCGCUUGGCAUGGAAACUAUUAUCCCUACAAAUAUGAUCUCGGCCGCUUUAAUACCAUCGGCUCUAUCUCAUUUGAUCAUCCCGAUCCUUCAAUUUUUACAGUCUUAACCGGGCCAUCUGAUCAUGUCGGUACUGCUAUUGCCGACUUUGUCAUCUUUCCUCCUCGUUGGUUGGUCGCUGAAAAUACCUUCCGUCCACCCUGGUAUCACCGAAAUACCAUGUCUGAGUUCAUGGGUUUAAUUGCUGGUAACUACGAUGCUAAGACUGGGGGUGGAUUUCAACCGGCUGGAGCUAGCUUGCACAAUGUUAUGAGCGCUCAUGGUCCGGACUCUUCUGCAUUUGAGGGUGCUAGUAAUGCGGAGCUUGAACCUGCUAAGGUUGGAGAGGGAAGUAUGGCGUUUAUGUUUGAAAGUUCUCUCAUGGUUGGUGUUUCUGAAUGGGGGUUGAAGACGUGCCAGAAGGUGCAGGAGGAAUACAAUGACCACAGCUGGACGCCACUGAAGCGUCAUUUUAAGAAUCCUGAGAAGGCUUAA